AUGGGGAAUUUAUUGUCCAACUUUUUCCAAACCGGAACCUCUUUGUUGUCUUCUUCAAACAAUCGCGGAGUGUCCGAACAAACCAAGAGCGUUGUUCGAGAUGUAUUCGAUGCCCUGAGGGCGAAUCCCAGGAUCACUGCUCACAGACUCGAAGGACUCCUCAUGCAAAUUCCCAAGAUGGAGAUUGAUGAUGAUGUGUUGCAGAAUGAGAAUUUCUUGCUGGUGAACAACGAGGAAGGCUAUAAUCUUCUGCAAAUAUGCGUCGGCAUUGCGAACAUGGACAUGGUCAAGUGGAUCCUCACUAGGAACCCGGAUUUGAACCGUUUCACGCAGUGUUCACUUCCUCUUCACAUUGCGUGUUAUAAGGGGUUGGACGAUUGUGUUGAGCUCUUGAUGAAGCAUGGGGCUAGGAUCGACGUUGAGGCCAGGAUGUGCUGGCCUGGACCUCAUUUGCCAAAUUGCGAACAAAGAGUGAAUCAAGAUGAUUUGGUUGACCAGCAAGUGCCAGUGACUCAUGGUGGCCCACAGCACGGGUUCUGGGGCCAGCAAAGGAGAGGCUGCGACAAACUACAGAGUGCCAUAUGCUAUGCCAUUGAUGGAGACCAGGUUGAGACCCUGGAGCUGCUGAUGCAGGAAGAAAGAAAAAAGGGGGAUAAUGGUGUUGACGUGUUUUGUUUUUGGGGGUUGUGCAGCAAAGCGAGGACCACUGGUUCCCAUGGCAUGGCAAGCGGCCCUUGCUGCACAUUGCGUGCGAGCGUGGGGCCUGAUCUCUUAUUGGUGAUUUGGUUGUCGGGUGGGAGGGUGUUCGCUGUGUUGUUCGAUUUGCGUGUUGUGGAUUCGAAUCCCGUGUGGUUUUCUGGUUUGUUUUGCAGGAGUUGUACGAGGUAUCUUGUCUCUGAGCGGUCGGAGGAGAUCAAUCAGUGCUAUGACGAGUAUUAUCCGAUUCAUCAGGCGGUGUUGCAUGACCAGAGGUUUCUGGAUCUGUUGAUUCAGUGUGGCGCAGAGACCACAGUGAGAACUGCGACGCAGCAGAUGACAGUUUUGCAUAUUUUAUUCCUCCUUGGGUGGAAGUCUGCUGAGGAAACCCUGAGCACACUGAAGUUGCUGUUGGAUCAUGGAAGUCGGGAUCAGAUUAAUCAGGCUGAUUCCCUGGGCAACACUCCGUUGCAUGCGCUGAUUGUAAGGUGUGCAUUGGAGGAGUCGAGAUAUGGAUACGCUUAUGACUCACCCAUUCAACCCUGGAACAAAUGGGACAUGUUGCAUUUAGUCCGGUUUCUCCUUCAGAAUGGAGCUGGUCCGAGCAUAAAUCAAGCCGGGAAUUCCGCAUUGGCUUGCGUGUUCCAGAAAGUGAGGGAUUGGGAGUUCCGGUAUGAAUUGCUCGACAUGUUAUUGCAGCACAAAGGUGAUCCGAAUGUUGUUGGGAGAGACGGAUCAGUUCCAUUGAUGGUGUGCUUGGUUCCUUUGAUCAACAAAGACAGUCCGCAACAUUUCACUCAUACCAUGAAAGUGUUUUACUUGAAUUGCGUCAAGUUGAUGUGUAAGAAGGGUGCAAAUCCCAAUUGUUGCACCAGAUCAAAUUUGAGCCCUUUGCAUGUGCUGAUGUUCUCUGUGAGUGAGAACCUGACCUUGAGGUGGAAUGAGGAGAAGAAUGAAUCAUUCCAGUUUCUCCAAGACCUGCUGAUCGUGCUUCUGGAGCAUGGCUUGGACCCGAAUGUGCGAUUUUCUCAGCGGAACCCGCAUGUGCUGUUUGCCCUUGUUGAAAUGGCGUCGAGGAAUGCGAGGAAUCCUCCGGAUCUUCACCCAGUUUGCGAAUUGACUCGCACUUUGUUGUUGUAUGGAGCGAAUCCGAAUGCUUGCUGCCAUUUGCCGCAGCUUGGGGAAUGUCAACUGCCUCCUCCUGCCGUCGUCGCUGGACGUCCGAAGGAAUCUAGUUUCUUGAAGAGGCUGCACCAAGGUGGACAUUAUGCCCUCGUUACGUAUGUGCAAUGGUUGUUGAAGAAGGGAGAUGCAUUCUUGGUUGGUGGACCCGCGGAAGAGGUUGAACAUUACAUGCGACUGGUGAAUCUGUAUUAUGCUUCUAUGAGCCACCAGGAUCUGAGCAGGUGCUUGAAAGCCCUGCAAAACGUGGCAAGUUUGGCCCCUGCGACGAAAGGGACAGCAUUCCUGGCAUCUCGACUCCGCCAACUACAUUCCACGCCGCGGAGUUUGAAAAUGAAUUGCCGAGUGGUCAUUUACAAAUCUCUGAACAGGAAGCCCGGAGUUAAUGCCUCUAGAUUACCACUUCCGACUUCCUUGAAGGAAUACAUUUGCGCCCUGGACCCUCGAUGA